CACAGCUAGAUUCAGUCACAAGGCAAACAAACCAACAAACUGGACUGAACUAACAUCAAUGUGCCUGAAGUAGCCCAAAGUUAACAGAAUACCGAAAAAAUGUUGAAAUUGUAGUUGUAACUGGCUCUUAAUAGCAUAAGCUUAAGAAAAUCUCAGCUGGUCUGUUAUCAUAUUUCUACUAUUAGGACCCACCUGCUAUUCUCGCCAUCUCUCAUACUGCUUGAAUAUAAUUAAUGGUUUAACUUGCUGGGAGUCUGAAGUGAUAACAGCACAGUGCAGACACGUGAGCAGCAGAACCAAAAGUGUAUCUCUUUCACCAAAAAGCCGGUUAAGAAUUCAUAAACAAACAGAAGAGCAUCAGAAAGCACCAUAUUCAAAACAAACAGACUGAAGUAGUUUCUAUAUUCAAAGUCAUUGCUUUGUGAAGUCAUCAAACUUAAUUUCAUCUUGCAAAAAAUUAACAUAAUGAUGACAGCAAUGAAUGAAGUUCCAGUAUUCAGAUCUGAGCAGGAGAAGACAUCAGUGAAGGAAACAAUGGAGAAAUUAUGUCCACCAGUGCUUGAUCCAUUCAAAAGCAACCAAGAGCCGACGAUGAUGAGGAAAUUGGGCUCAAUGCCUCGUAACUCACUACUACGCUUCAGUCUUGGUGCUGAGAGGCCACAAUCAAAUAGUAGUACUCGUUUUGGAAAGCUGAGCCAUCAUUCCUUUUUCUCAAGGCAUAAUCCUCACCCUCAUCGAGUAACACAUAUCAAUGGACUCAACGGAAUGCCUGUUUGCACAGUAAAUGAUGACUGGCAUGUCAGCACUCCACUUUCCCCACAUCCAUUGAUAAAGAGCCAAUUUCCAACCACAAUCCUGGGAAGACUUGGAUUGCCUAUCAGUAUUUUCCAUUGUAACGCCUUCGGAGAUGGUAGUAUCCCAAAGCCAACCAUAGCACCACUGUCUGAAGCUUGGCGGGAAGAACUGAGAGAAUUUACCUCUAAGGCCUGCUUCCUUUUACCUGAACCUCCCGAACAAAAAAAGACAGAAGAACGGAGAAUGACUCAAUAUUCUGCACAGACUGGCCGGAUAAUUCCAAGCUGUACUCCUGCACUGAGUCACCGGUCAUCUAGAAAUGGUACCCUGGAGAGAAAUAAACACAAUGGACCCUUCCAGGACCAAGAGUUACUGGUGCUGGAAUUACUUUGCCAGCUUCUACAAACGGACUCAUUCUCCGCCAUCCAGCAAUGGUUGCUUUGUGCGGGGCAAAGAGAGAAAGAUUUUGUACUGGGAAUGGUUCAGUCAGUUCUAGGAAGUAGCUACCCUGAAUACCAGCAAGGUGCUGAAAGUACAGAACUGCAACUGAAACCGGAAAUAGACCACAGUCCUUCAGCCUCGCUCUCCAGAAGGUCAACCUCUACUACAAAAAGACAUAAGAGGUAUUAUCUGAAAAAGAAGCCUGAAAAUAUUGAAGACCAACCUGAUCACAUAGGAAGUGCAGAAGUUCUUCUGAUUCAUAGAAGCAAGUCUCCUGUGUCAAAAACUAGCGGAAGAGAGGAAAUCUCAGAAGAAUGCAAGGAUCCUGAAUCUAAAUGAAAGUAUCCAGGAUAAGUAAAGCAUUUGUCUUAAUGACUGAAGUCUGUGUAGAAACACGUUGAAAAUGUAACAUGAAAAGACAAUAUUUCAAUUAUAUUACUGAUAUGUUUUAAAGAGGCAGAUCCAAGUUUUCAGUUAAAUUUAGCAGAUUUCAUUGCAUAAAAGACUUUCAGGCUAUUAAACGUAAAGCACAAAUAAACAAUUAUUUCCAAUGUUUCACUGAUCAACAUUGUGAGUUAAACUGCAAUUAUGCAAAGUAUACAUUUGAUUGCCAGAUAUUCUAUUCAAGGUUAAUGGUUGUAGUUUGUAUUUUAUUUUUACAAGUGUUCAGGAAAUUGAUCUCCAUCAGUGUCUGUUAAUUUAGGGCAACCAAUGUUUAAAUGGGUAAGUUGAAAUAUUGACAUUCAUUGAACAAAGUCCCACAAUUUAUUCUUCAUUCAAAUUAAUUCUUUACAAGUAACAUAAAGAUUGAUUGUUGUUCAAUGACAAUUUGACUAGAAUUUCUAUUUGUCAGACAUGAAAAAAAUGUAUAUUAUUGUUCACAAAUUGGAUAUCACUUUUCCCUGUACUGAAAAUGCAAUGUUCAAGUGAAGGACUUUAGGCUAGACCGAUUUGAGGAAAGAAAGCAAAUAUAAAUGCAUGUUUUUUUCUUUCAUGAAAAUUACCCUUUGUCUACUGUAUUAAAAUGUAAUUUUUCUACUUUC